CAGGCGGGUGUGGGGAUGAGCGGCGGCGGGGGCCGAGGGCCGCGCUCCGAGUGCACAGGGAGGCUGCGGAGGUGAAGCCUCUGCUCCCUCGCCGGGCGGGAUGGAGACUCUUGGCGCUGCAGAGGACGUGUUUUAUGAGGAGGAGGAGGAGGUGAACUGCUACGACUUUGAGCCUCUGCCGACGCUGCUGGAGGAUGAGGAGAAUGUGUCCCUUGCUGAUAUUUUGUCACUGCGGGAUAGCUGUCUUACUGAGCAAGAUAUUUGGGCGAUUUGCCUGGAGUGUUGCCAUUCUUUGAAGAGCAUUGCCCAUUCUGCAAUCUUCCAGACACUCUGCAUCACUCCUGACACUUUGGCUUUUAACACCAAUGGCAAUGUAUGCUUCAUGGAACAGCUCAGUGAUGAUCCAGAGGGUGCCUUUGUUCCACCAGAAUUUGAUAUCACCGGUAACACUUUUGAGGCACACAUCUAUUCUUUGGGUGCAACACUGAAAGCAGCGAUAGAAUAUAUCGUAGAACCUGAGACAGAAACAGAAUUUGGACAAGAUCUGCACACUCUACUUGAACAAAUGCAAGAAGACAAUCCUGAAAAUAGGCCAGAUAUUGAGAGCAUUUUGUCAUUAUGUGAAGAAAAAAUGAAGAUUGCUUCAUCAAGUAAUAUUUGUCGAAGCUUGUCUGCUGUUGGAAGAAGAGUUCUUUCAAUUGAAUCAUUUGGUGCUUCUCAAGAUGUCUGUGAUAACAUGUGGAAGGGAAGAAUGUGUCAGAGAAGUUUGGGAUCUAAAUUAUAUUUAAAUGACAAAAACAACAUAGCAGGUGAUUCGUCUGCAGUGGAAGAUGUGACAACUGCCUGUCAUAACAACUCUUCUGUAGUUACCAUGGUGACUGGCAGAGAAAGUGGCUUAAAGGAAAUGCAAAUUGAUCUGGAUAAUGAGAAAACUCAGCAUUCUCAACUUGCAACACAAACUGAAAAGAGCAAAGAAGAGGACAAACAUGCAGUGUAUACUGACAGUUUUGCUAGUGCUGCUUUGGAUAUAAAAUCAUGUGUUAUUGACCUGGAGAGAGAUGGCCUUUUUAAGAAAGGUUCUUUGAGAAAAAUGAAAACCUUUCCAAAGCUACCACUUGAACUUGCAGAUACAAAUAACUUUUUUACUUCUGUAACCAACAGUGGACCACUAGAUAGGAAAAAUCACUUCCUGACACAAGAGUCACUACCUCUAGACAAUAAUAACGGGGUUGCUUUUUCAAAGGGAAAUCUUAAUUCGUUUGCUGCCAGUAGUCCACCAGAAAUAGAAACAAAGAAUUACCAAGCUGAUGAUCGUCAUUUAGAAGCUCCAUGUGUAUGCACACAGGUGUCUGGCUUGAAUCUAGAAGAACAUCUGUCACUUAUCAAUGGUAAAAAGAUAGGUUUUUCUUCAUCUGAUCAUAAAGAAGACUGUUCUGGUGCUACAUCCGAAGUGCUAAAACCUGCUGAUAUGCCAAAAGGCCCAAAUCAGUCAAUUGCUGGAGCAAAAAUGCUAGACAACUACAUGGUGUUGGAAGACUGUUCUGAAACUUUUCAAGGGUCAAAUGAAAAUUAUGUACCACAUUUUAACAAGAUGGAUUCAGUGUUAACAACAAAACCCAGUGGGAACAGAUGUGGAUCAAACCUAAUUAGGCCACCAGAAUUAAGCAACGGUGUGAUGAGUGCAAACAAUAAUGAAGAUAAUCUUUGUGGAGGCAGAGAUUCAGAAAUCAAAAGUAAUGAGCAGUGGAUCUCUCUAAAACUCCUGUUAUCCUGGUAUGGUAGGCCUCUGAAAGACUAUGAACUCUGGGCAUUAUGUCACGGGUGUUUAUAUACUCUACAGACUUGCAUAGAUUAUCCAGUGGUCUUAUGUUUGGACUCUGUGCUGAUUGACUGCCAUGGAAGGAUCCUCUUUGCUGCUCCAAAAGAUGAAGAAUCUUGUGAUGUAUUUUAUUUAGCUCCUGAAAUUGAAGAAGAGGAUGUGGAUACUGAGAAGGUCUGUGUUUAUGGUGUUGCUGCAGUUCUGUGGAUGGCUGCAAAAUACAGUGUUCCACCGAGUCACAAACUAGUAUUGCCAAGAAAAUUUAAAAAACUGCUUCUGGAUAUGGCAAGAAAAAACCCUGAAGAAAGACCUUCUCUAACUGCUGCAAUUAAGACAUGCGAUCAUUAUUUACUUGAACAAGGUAUAAACAGCAAAAAUAUUUUGACAUUAUUGGGUAAACCCAUCUUUAAGGCUGUUGAGGAAGAAGUCUUGUCUCAAGAUCAUGCCACUUUUGAAUUUAAAAAUGAGAAACAUGAAAUGGACCCUUCAGAGUCAAGUCUAGGAUUUGUGCCUUUUACCAGUGAAAGUAAACUUGUAGCAGUUAAAGGACCAGUACCAUGCCAGAUUUCACUAAAUUGUGAGAAAGCAACAUUACCUGUUGCAUUCACCUCUCCUGCAACUCACUUUAAGCCUAUUAUUUUGAAACAAGAUGCAAAUAUAACAAAAGAGGUUCACACACCAGUUUCUGAGCAAUUCAAGAAAGAGACAAGGAAAGAAAAACGUAUGGACUACAACAAAUCGGGAUAUACAGAAGGCUCUAAAAGCUGUGGUAUUGAGGAUACAGGUGUUGCUGAAACUGUACCUGAAACAACUGAGUGUGAUUUACAAGUUCCAAGCCACUUAUUCCAGAUGUCUUCAGAAGAGCAAAACUCAGGCAAUAUGUUUACUUCUACAGUUACAUUACCAUCACCAUCUGAUUCCUCACAUAUUCUACAAGAGAAGACCAUUUUAUCUGAAGAUCCUUCCAGUUCCCUAGCUUGUCCUACAUCUCCUAAUUUUCUUCAUAUAAAUAACAUCAUUCUCAAGCAGGACUCAGAGAGAAGAGUUCUGACAUUUGUACCAGUACAUUUGGCUGUAUCAGAGCAAAUACCAAAUAAGCCUCUUCGCUCAAGAAUUGCUUAUGAUUGCUAUCACAGUUUGCCAGUGUUACUUUCAAGUACUAUUGCAAGUUAUAAAAUGAGCAUGCAGACAGAAAAUGAUGCCUCCCUUUGCAAUGUGCAAAGUCAUGAGACUACUAAUACAAAGAACCAGUUUGAUAAAAGUAGCCCAGUUAUUCAAACCAACUGCCAAGAAACUGAGUGUGCUACCAGCAUAGACAGUUUUUUCACUGAACAAGAACACACACAAUGUACUUCAGUGAAUAAAGACAAUUAUAAUUUCUUUGAUGAUAAAGUCCUGCACCAUCAGAACAGAACAAGUGGCACUUUACUACAGGAAGUGAUUCAUCUUAUACAAGAGGAGUUUGCAUUUGAUGGUUAUUUAGAGAAUGGAACUGAAGUUUUUGAUAUGGGUAACUUCAUUUUAAACUUAAAGGAAAUUAAGUUUGGUAUGUUCUCUGAUAGAAUUUGUGAGAAGUUUUGUGACCUCUACUGGGAUGAAAAAUUACUGGAGAAUCUCUAUCAGGUAGUAAAUGGAGGAAGAUCUUCACACUUAUGCAUAACUGAGGCAGAUGAAGCAAAGUGUGGCAAUAAAUUCCAAGAUGUGCAGAAAUCUGAAAUCUUUUUGGAAAGCAGUGAGCAGAAAGAGGGAAAAGGGGAGGCAAACUUUGACGUGAAGGCUGAGCCUAUGAUAAAAACAUCAUUAGUUGAAAUGGAUUUUGAGGAGUCACCUUUGGAUAAUACCAAAAAAGAAUUGACUCUGCAGAGUACAAUCCCCAUAGCAAAAGAGCAACAAUAUUUGCAAAGCAACAGCUGUGAUCCAGGCUUUGCAGAAGGAAAUACAAGUUCAGAGGAACAGGCCAUGAUAAAGCUGGCUGGAAACAGCUACCUGGCAUCUCCCAAUCUACCUGACUUUCAUGGCUGUAGUCCUGGUUGGAGCAGUGCUUUUUAUGGAGCUGAAUGUUUUGAUUCAGAAGUUCAUAAUUACUUGAAAAACCUUGGAAAGCAGAAAUCAAGUGAGUCACAAAAUAUAGAUGCUAAAAAAGUGGAACUAGAACAAUUGCUAAUGAUGGAGACAAAAAAUUACAGAAAGACCAUAAAGUUUUACCAUAAACUAUUGCAGAAAGAAAGAAGAAGCAAAGGUCCUGAAACUAAAUCUAUGUUGCCCAAACUGAAAGGACAGCUACAGGAGAUGAAAUCAAAAGUGCAGUUUCUUGAACUGGUAAAGAAAUAUGUGCAGAUGAUGUAUGCAGAGCAGUGGGGCGUGGAAUCCUAUGUGCUGCCUACAGUCAUUCACAAUGGGAAAACUGACACCGUGGACAUGGCACCUAUGGAUGAAUCAUCAUUGCUUCUUUACUAUAACACAGAGAAACACCAGUGUAAUAAUCAAAAUGGAGUAAGAGUUCUGCAGGCCGGUACACCACUUGGUUUAAUGGCUUAUUUAUAUUCUAGAAAUGCCUUUUUAGAAGGUUAUGUACAGCAGUUUCUUUAUACAUUUCGCUAUUUCUGCACACAAGAAGAAUUUUUGCAGUUUCUUCUUGAUAGAAUCAGCAGCACUUUAUCCAGUGCAAGCCUGGAUCCUUCCGCAUCCCUUACCAAAAUAUGUAACCGCAGUUUCUACAUCCUGCAGGCAUGGAUUGAAGACUGUUAUAGUGUAGACUUUGCAACAAAUACUGAUCUUCUGGGUACCCUAAAAGAAUUUAUUUCUUCCAAGGUUGCUUCAUUAAAUGGCUACGGGGAGCGCUUGUUGUCACUGCUCGAGGAUGCCUCUGCCAGGAAAAGUGGCAGUGCUGGUCAGUGCUCUAGUGUGGACAAAUGUGAAGAGGAAAGUGAGGAGGGCAGAAAAACAUUACAUUCCCUAUGUAAAAAGCUCUCAGAAGAUGUUUCCAGAAAGAACUUCUACUGGAAGCGAUCCAAAGGUAUGGGACCAAUUGCACAAUAUCAGAGAGAGAGACUGCACACUGGUUCAGCAGUUUUGCCAAAGCCCUGCUGUAGCAGUUUCACAGAAGAAACCUCAGUCUCCUUUGCUAGAGCAGACGAAGUGGGACCAUUUCUCUUGAUAGAGUGCAGUGCCCAACAGCUUUGUUGGCAGCUGACACUACUGCAACAGGAAGUAUUUCAUAAAUGUCAUCCAGUACACUUCCUAAAUUCCAGAGCACUUGGUGUUAAAGAUAAGUGUGUUGCUGUGCCAAAGGCAGUUUCUGCUGACACAGUUUCACUGAAAGUCUGUAAUCUGUUUCUGUCAAAGUGCAUACAAGACCAGUACCUUCUGCAAUUAUUAAAAAAUGCAGACAGCAUCAGCACCUGGGUUGCUGCUGAAAUUGUAACAUGUCACACAACUAAGCGGCAGGUGAGCUUGUUAUCAAAAUUUCUUCUUAUAGCAAAAUGCUGCUAUGAACAAAGAAAUUUUGCUACUGCAAUGCAAAUCCUAGCAGGACUGGAAAAUCUUAUUGUACGACAGUUACCAGCCUGGAAAAUUUUACCUGCAAAGGUAGCUGAGAUAAUGGAGGAACUCAAGGCUGUUGAGGUGUUUUUAAAAAGUGACAGCUUAUGCCUGAUGGAAGGAGACAGAUUCAAAACUCUUCCAACAAUUCCAUCAGCCCAUGUUUUGGCUAUGCAUGUCCAACAACUUGAAACUGGAGGAUUCACAAUGACAAAUGGAGCUCACAAGUGGACUAAACUUAGAAAUAUUGCAAAAGUUGUGAGCCAAGUUCAUGCCUUCCAAGAGAAUCCUUAUACAUAUGCACCAGAUUUCAAGCUGCAGUCUUACCUCAGACAAAGAAUAACUCGUUUUAAAGAUGCAGACAUUUCUGCCUUGGCAGCUGACAACUGUGCCAACUUCCAUCAGAUACCAGCAGAAAAACAUUCUCGAAAAAUUCAGGACACACUGCGCAGGAUGAAAGCAACAUUUCAGUAAUUAUUUAUGUUUCAUCUGUUCUAUUCUGAGUCUAGACUGUAAAACUGGAUUAAGUUGGCUUCAUCUACUGGACCAAUUUCCAAGCAAGUACUUAAGUGAAACAACAUAAGAUACUGUCUCAAGUUGAAAUUAUUAUAUUUCUUAACAUGCAAUUAGAAAAUGCUGACUAAUGAGAUUUGAAUCGCUGGCAACUGGAUGGCAGAUCAGAAGAAUAAAAAUAGAGAUAAAAUUAAAGAGAGUAGAGAUGAAAAAGAUUAUUAAUUUUGUUACUCUUCUUUGGCAUAAGUAAUUAAUUAGCCUGAAAACCAAUAUCUAAAAAAUACUGUGGAAAUAACUUAAAAUUACAGCUUCUGUUGCCAAGUUGGCCUAGGAGAUUUCAAAACAUAGUUCAUUAAAUCUUGAAUCUAUUUUUAUAUAAACACAGUACACUUAUAUCCUGUCACAUUGUGCAUAUAAUUCAGGAACACAGGUCCUUUGCUAUUCACUGACUGUUGGUGUGUGUUGCUCUUAUGUUGUAUAUUAUGAAAACUGUAACUGACUGAAAUAACUGGCCAUCUAUUUCUCCUACCAAGGAAGGAGAGGAAUCCUAUCCUUCAACUUUUUGUUUGUUUGUUUGAUUUUAAAGUCAUCAGACUAACCUGUUUCCAAAUGAAAGUAAGAUCUGAAUGUAAGUAUUACCAAUUUGUUGCUCUGCUUCUGCACUCCUGGCAUUGUGAAGACAGUAAAUGUGAAAUUGCUUUUUUGAUCUGUAUUUGGCACAAUAGUCACUUUGCCAAUUUAUGUCUGUCUGUAUGUGUGCACAUUUGAGUAUGGCUUUUGCUCCUGAGGCUAUUUUUGUAGAUCACAGUGCUCCAGCAGCAUCCAGGAGAAGAUAACCAUGUGAAAUUUGGAUCUGCAACUUGUAAACCUGUGGUGCUAACCUAUUUAUGGAGCUUAUACUUACAAGACCUUCUAAAUGGCCAUGAAAUGUGUUGCUAUUGCUAGAAAAUUUGUUGAGCUACCCAGGUUUAUGGAAGGCCAGAGUGUUAAGGCUGCAAAUUAUUGACAAAUACAAGUAUUUCUACCAGAGGGAGCAAUGGUAGUGUUGAAUGAGAAGUAGGGAAGGGCAAGAGACAGUUAAGCAUUGUUCUGAAAGUGAUUUGCUUAAAACUGUGUUUAAAAAAGAUGAAAAAAUGUUUUGAGAGAAGAUGUGAAGAUGUGAACUAAGUAUCUCCUCAAAUGUUAGUGAUGGAGAAGGAUAAUGAUGUAAGAAAUGGGAGUGUGUACAUGUCUGGUAUUUUGCAGUUGUACUGUUGUGUUUGACAGAAGUGCAUGUGCACAUGCUAAACUGUAGCUUUCUCAAUGUAUAAGGGGAAGGCUUCUCCUUUUCUCUUGUCAGUAACAGCAAUAUUACAUCUCAAGCCUCUCUCAUCUUCCUCAGUAAAAACAAGGUGUGUCCAUACUUUCCUUUAAAUACUCAGUUACUUUUUCCUACUAAUACAAUAAUACUAACUUUUGGCUCUUACUGCUUUAAACACUGGAGAACUCAGUCCUCAACAGGGUCUUCUUGCUUUUGUUCUACUUUUAAUAUGAUUUAUUUUGUUGUUUACCAUAGGUAGUUUUAACAUGUCAUUAAUUAUGGUACUCUGACUUUGACUUACCCUUAAGGAAGUAAAUCAUGUUGCUGUUUCUCUAAAAAUUGCCAAAUGUGAAAACAUUUAAUCUUUACCUCCUACCUUUAUAUAAUAUAAUGAUUUAAGAAUGUUAAUGAUAACGUUAUUUUCAGACAUACAUUUCACGUAUUUUAUCUGUAUGCAUUUAUCUUAAAUAAUUGUUUUUAAUAGUUGUUACUUGGGGUUUUCUCAGUUAAAAAUUACCAUUCACUUGAACUCACACCUUGCCUUUGAAAGACAGUAAAAUUUUAAAUAGCAUAAGCUUUACUAAUGUAAAGUACUCCACAAAACUUGCUAAUCACAUGAUCUUAAUAAAUUCAUUUUAUACAGUUA